CACAAUGCACCGGCAGUCCGCGGGAAACCAAAAUGGCGAAGGGUUGUAGCGAAGUGGGCUGUGUUUGAGGCCGCUGUAAGAAAGCUCACUCUACCCCCCCAACCUUCGUCCCCAGGACCUCGGUUUGUGCGUGUGUAUGUGCGGGGUGCCCGGUGGGGCGGGUGCCCGGUAAGUGCUCGGACUCGCAGGGGAAGCGCCCACGGGGUCGUGAUUGGUUGUUUUUUCCUGUAUGAAGCGGUUGGCACCACUGAAGUGACCGAAUGAGAGACUCUACAGGGGCAGGUAAUUCACUGGUCCACAAGCGGUCUCCUUUACGUCGAAACCAAAAGACCCCAACAUCCUUGACCAAGCUGUCUUUACAGGAUGGACAUAAAGUCAAAAAGCCAGCAUGUAAAUUUGAAGAGGGUCAGGAUGUCCUAGCUAGAUGGUCAGAUGGCUUGUUUUAUCUUGGAACUAUCAAAAAGAUAAACAUAUUGAAACAGAGCUGCUUCAUCAUAUUUGAAGACAGUUCUAAAUCCUGGGUUCUCUGGAAGGACAUUCAAACAGGAGCCACUGGAAGUGGGGAAAUGGUCUGUACAAUAUGUCAAGAAGAGUAUUCAGAAGCUCCCAAUGAAAUGGUUAUAUGUGAUAAGUGUGGCCAAGGAUAUCAUCAGUUGUGUCACACACCUCAUAUUGAUUCCAGUGUGAUUGAUUCAGAUGAAAAAUGGCUCUGUCGACAGUGUGUUUUUGCAACAACAACAAAGAGGGGUGGUGCGCUUAAGAAAGGACCAAAUGCCAAAGCAUUGCAAGUCAUGAAGCAAACAUUACCCUAUAGUGUGGCAGACCUUGAAUGGGAUGCAGGUCAUAAAACCAAUGUCCAGCAAUGUUACUGCUAUUGUGGAGGCCCUGGAGACUGGUAUUUAAAGAUGCUACAGUGCUGCAAAUGUAAACAGUGGUUUCAUGAAGCUUGUGUGCAAUGCCUUCAAAAGCCAAUGCUAUUUGGAGACAGGUUUUAUACAUUUAUUUGCUCUGUCUGCAGUUCUGGACCAGAAUACCUCAAACGUCUACCAUUACAAUGGGUAGAUAUAGCACACCUAUGCCUUUACAACCUAAGUGUUAUUCACAAGAAGAAAUACUUUGAUUCUGAACUUGAGCUUAUGACAUACAUUAAUGAAAACUGGGAUAGAUUGCACCCUGGAGAGCUGGCAGACACACCAAAAUCUGAAAGAUAUGAGCAUGUUCUGGAGGCAUUAAAUGAUUACAAGACCAUGUUUAUGUCUGGGAAAGAAAUAAAGAAGAAGAAGCAUUUGUUUGGGUUGCGAAUUCGUGUUCCUCCUGUGCCACCAAAUGUGGCUUUCAAAGCAGAGAAAGAACCUGAAGGAACUUCCCAUGAAUUUAAAAUUAAAGGCAGAAAGGCAUCCAAACCUAUAUCUGAUUCAAGGGAAGUAAGCAAUGGCAUAGAAAAAAAAGGAAAGAAAAAGUCUGUAGGUCGUCCACCUGGCCCAUAUACAAGAAAAAUGAUUCAGAAAACUGCUGAGCCACCUUUGGAUAAAGAAUCAAUUUCAGAGAAUCCUACUUUGGAUUUACCUUGUUCUAUAGGGAGAACUGAGGGAACUGCACAUUCAUCCAAUACCUCAGAUGUGGAUUUCACGGGUGCUUCCAGUGCAAAAGAAACUACCUCGUCUAGUAUUUCCAGGCAUUAUGGAUUAUCUGACUCCAGAAAAAGAACUCGUACAGGAAGAUCUUGGCCUGCUGCAAUACCGCAUUUACGGAGGAGAAGGGGUCGUCUUCCAAGAAGAGCACUCCAGACUCAGAACUCAGAAAUUGUAAAGGAUGAUGAAGGCAAAGAAGAUUACCAAUUUGAUGAACUCAACACAGAGAUUUUGAAUAACUUAGCAGAUCAGGAGUUACAACUCAAUCAUCUAAAAAACUCCAUUACCAGUUAUUUUGGUGCUGCAGGUAGAAUAGCAUGUGGUGAAAAAUACCGAGUAUUGGCUCGUCGGGUGACACUUGAUGGAAAGGUGCAGUAUCUUGUGGAAUGGGAAGGAGCAACUGCAUCCUGACUGUAGGACUGAACAUUAUGUUCACUGCACUCUCAUUUUCUGUAGGUACAGUUCAAAGCCCUAAAGGAGUCUGGCUUUUACUAUCUUUCUUAAAAAAAAAAAAAAAAGGUAAAAAAAAAAAAAUCACAUAAGGAGAUAAUACUAGCCUUAACAUGUACUUGUCAAUGUUAUGGAUAUUGUCAUAAAAAGAUAUCUUUUAAAAAUCAGAACAGAGACUUAAUUUUUUAAAUCUUAAGAUUUGUAGAAUGUUUCUAGGAUAGGAUAUUAAAAAUGAUUCAAACCGAUGCAUGGUGUUAGAUAAUUUUUCUAAUUAUUCCAUUGAGUCAGUUUUUGUGGUUAGUGGUUAUCAGAGCAAACCUAUCAUGUAGAUAGCACAAGUAUUUGGAGAAACAUUGUCUGUUUUGUUACCAAAAUGUUGGAAAAAAUUUAUUUCAAUACCUUUUAGAAUUCAUAAAGUGCAGUGUAUAUAAUGCCUACUAAAAGACUGUAAAAUAUUGAAAUUUUCUUUCAAAGUGUAAAAAAUAUAUUGAGCCUGUAAAUUGCUCUGUGACUAGACUUCAUUGUCGUCUUAAUAUAUUCUUUGCAUGUACAUAUAUAUACACACGUGUGUAUAUAUAUGUGUGUGAUUGAUUAUGUGACCUAUGCAAUACAAAUUAUGGGAAUGGGCAGCUUUGGAGUAUAUAUCCCAUAAUUCUUUUUUCAGGAAUAGUUGCAGUAUUUACACAGCAGCAUUUCUUCUCAGGCUUUUAUUGGGUGCUGUUGCUUGCUAUGUAUGAAGAGAAAUGUGUCAAACAAGUUUAGUGUGUUCUGAAGAAGGGUGUGAACAACAGUGUUCAUGGGCUUUUUCGAAUGCUUUUCACUUUCAGUCCUUGUAACUCAGCUGUUCAGUACCUAAAACAAAUUCAAAUAGUAUGAAUAUUAUCUCCUACUAGAAGUAACGUUUUCAAGUUUUCAUGGCACAUUAUGAUUGUAAAUGUCUCUCAGUUUUAACAGUAAGUCUAUAGGAGUCCCGUGAAGAUUCCUGAAAUGUCUGUAGUAACUGUUAGUCAUGUUGAAUAAGUAUAGUAUGAACAAAGUAUUUUAUUGCACAGGGUUAACAAACAGUAUGUUGCCUGCAGAGGCAACUGCUGUUUUAUUACAACAUUACCUCUUGUUUUUAUACAGCGUACCAAGAUUUAAAUUGAUAACUUUAUUUUACAUGUGUUAAAAAAAAAAAAACGGUUUCUUUUAGCACCAGUGUUAGAGCUGUCUUCUGUUUCUUUUUGUUUUGUUUUGUUUGUUUGUUUUCUUUUUUAGCCAAAGAGUAAACAGAAGAAUAUUCUUAUUUUGGUGGCUAUUCAUUUUACUCUUAAAAGUGAUUGGUGGAUUUUAGCCUAAAAAUUGGAGAAUUUGCCACCAAAAUGAAAAAUAUGUAAAGUGUAGUGAUUACAGAGCGGUUAAAAAUGUGGGUUAGUACUUAUUUAUUCCAUUGAUUGAUUAUUUGACUGUUUAUAAGAAAGUUGCUUUAUUUCUUUAAACAUCUUCAAAAGAUGACCUUUUCUUGUCACAUUAUAGCCAAAAGAAGCAGAGAACUUCGUAGUCCUGCAUUUGGUUCCUGGUUGGCCAGGUAUAAAUGAGCUUUACAAAAGUGCAAAUUAAGAACUGUCACUUCUGUUUACCUCCACCAAAACUUGAUUUUCCCCUAGCUAUUAAUUUAAAGUUGCCUUUCCUGCAGCUGCAAUAUUUUGAAUAACACACAGAGUUUGUGUUGAUUUUGAAUGUUUGUUUAUAUCUAGGGGUAAUGGAAAAUGUAAAUCCCGUGUAACCUUAUUCACUCCACGUGUAUCAUAUUAUUUCAUUUUUCCCAAAGUCCUUUAAUUCUAACUGAACACCAGCAGUAUUUUUAGUAAUUCUUUUUUUAGCAUACCUGGAAGAUGAUUUAUUAAGCUGAACUGUCUUUAGACAUAAUUAUUGUGAAUGUCUGUUUUAUUUUAUCAUGGUGGUUCACAUGGCUCUGAUGUUCAGUUUGUAUUUUUGGAAUUGCUUUACUUAGAUUAAAACAGACCAACAUUAAAUGUGUGUAUUUUUUAAAGAGCUAAUGAGUUUUGCUUCUGUAUUUGCCUGAAAAUACACACUGGUGCAGUAGAUGACGGCUUUUAUUUAGCCGGGGAGACAAAGAGUUCUAGUUCCAUUGUAAAUAUAUUCACUUGAAUUAAUCUUUAUAAAACUUUGCUUUCAUUUUCCUCUUGUCCCCCAAAUAAAUAUUAAUAAUUAUUGCAUGUUCAUCUUAAAUGAUCCUGUAAAGAAGUAAACUAUGUUUAGCAUCUUGUACACUUUAUACUUGAAAGACAAUAUAUCUUCCUGUAUCUACCCUGUCCCCAAACUUCAAAAAAAUUCAGACUUUUCAACUGUGAUUUCUUUUCAUCUUACGUAUAUACAAGGUGUCAGGGUUCAUGUAAAAGGAUUUCCUGGUUUUUUUUUUUCCUUGAAAAGCUUUGCCCCAGGCUACAGAAAGAAAAGAUGUAGAAAUAAUAUACCUUAUUCAUUUAAAUUCCAUUUUUAUUCAAAACAAAUAUAUUUUAUAAAUACCCUGAUAGUCAUGGAUAAAUAUGGAUUCUUAGGCCUUUAGGUGAUCAAACUAGAUCAGAAUAUGAACUAUCAGAGUUAUUCUAUAGAUUCUAAUGUGGGAGUGAUUAAGACAGAUCUUGCUGGAUAUAUUUUGUUACUAAAUGUUUAACAGAACUGAAUGUUCACUGAUAUGUGAGUUGAGGGUAUUUUUCCAUGUUUUAUUUUGCAAGGUAUGUUUGGUUUCUAUUGUGUAUGUAUUAAGAUUUCUGUUAGUGUUGGUGUAGAACUAAUUCUGUGUUUUGGGCUACUUGAUUGAGUUUUUAUUAGGUACUGUUAAGUUUUGGUUGGAACCUGAUCUGACUUGUAUAGUUAUAGCAGACUUUUAUAAUCUGGUUCUAGAGUUGUUUGAAUGAGAAUGUAAUGGCAAAAGAAGAUGUCUGUGCAACGUUGGGAAAUAGUAAAAAUGCCUUCUUUGCGUGAAGAAGUUUUCCUUUUUAAUUAUAUUUGAGUACCUCUAUGAAUAU